CAGCUGUCUGUGAAGACUAAGACCGACGCGCACAAUUAAGGUGGUGUCGAAAACAAACAGGCUGGCUCAUUCAUUUGGCUCCGAGAAAGAAGCUUAGUGAGAAGCAAGGAGGAAGAACUGUGGAACUAACAGCCGGAGAUGCGACAUGAGUAACAUCAGUGAUGGAGUUGGAGGGCUUCUGCCCCUCUGGAACUUCAAUGGAUCCUCAUUCAACAAGUCCAGCGACCUGUUGGCCAACGCAUCGUGCAAUGUGUCCACAAAUGAUUCGAUAUUCUGCUCGACGGCAGUCGACAACACGGGAGCUACAAGUCCAUACAAGGCGGUGGAAAUGUUUUUUAUCGCCCUAGUUACUGGCUCGCUGAGCUUCGUUACCGUCACAGGGAACAUUUUAGUCAUGUUGUCUAUCAAAGUCAACCGUCACUUACAAACUGUCAACAACUAUUUCUUGUUCUCGUUGGCAUGCGCCGACCUGAUCAUCGGUGCGUUCAGCAUGAAUUUAUACACCGUUUACAUCAUUGUGGGAUACUGGCCCCUCGGGCCCGUGGUCUGCGACCUGUGGCUUGCUUUAGAUUACGUAGUGUCCAACGCGUCAGUGAUGAACCUGUUGAUUAUCAGUUUUGAUCGCUACUUCUGCGUGACCAAGCCCCUCUCGUACCCCACGAGAAGGACCACUAAGAUGGCGGGGUUGAUGAUCGCAGCUGCCUGGAUCUUAUCCUUCAUCCUUUGGGCCCCUGCCAUCUUGUUCUGGCAAUUCAUCGUUGGGCAGAGGACAGUGCCACCUGGAGAGUGCUACAUUCAGUUCCUGUCGAACCCUGCGGUGACAUUUGGCACAGCUAUAGCGGCUUUCUAUCUUCCAGUCAUAAUUAUGACCGUGCUGUACAUUCACAUCUCUCUGGCAUCCAGGAGCAGGGUUUCCAAACAUAAACCCGACAAGAAGGAGAAAAAAGGCUCAAAAGCGCCAAGCGUGACUAAGAGCCACAUCCUCAAGCAGAACAACAACAAUGAAACCAGUCCUCAGAACAGCCCCCGCAUGACCCCCAAGCUUAGUUUGGACUCAACAACCACUGUUGAUGAGGCUGUGAAGAACGGCAGGGUGGGUGCAGCCAAACCAGAUGGGCAACAGCUACCCGCCCAACCCAGUCCUGCGCUCACGACACAGGAGGAAAAGGAGAGCUCCAAUGAUUCGUCCACAGCUUUCAUUCCCCCGACAGAACCAAAGGCCAACAAUGAUGCGAUACCUGAGGCUCCAACUAAUUCUAACCCAGUUCCAGCAAGUCCAACAAAUCCUUCCAUAUCCAAAAUCAAUGCCACUUCAAGGUGGUCCAAGAUAAAGAUCGUUACCAAGCAAGCAGGGGAUGAAUGCAUCACAGCAAUCGAGAUCGUUCCGCCCGUGGAGGGAGUCGAGAGACGUUCGAUCCCGAUCAGCCGGCCCAGAACAGUCGCUAGGAAGUUUGCGAGCAUCGCUCGGAGUCAAGUCAAGCGAAAACGACAAAUGGCCGCCAGGGAAAAGAAAGUGACCAAAACUAUCUUUGCCAUCUUGCUGGCUUUCAUCAUUACUUGGACCCCAUACAACGUGAUGGUGCUGAUCUCCACCUUCUGCCAGUCAUGCGUUCCCGACACCGUGUGGGCCAUCGGCUACUGGCUGUGCUACGUCAACUCCACCAUCAACCCGGCUUGUUACGCUCUGUGCAACGCCACCUUCAAAAAGACUUUCAAGAACCUACUGCUGUGCCAAUAUAAAAACAUUGGCACAAGAUGAGUUGGAAGGCUACAGGGAAAGACGAGAGGGUCGGUCGGAAUGAAUGGAUGGAGGUAUUUGAAAGACGUGGAGAUUUUUAUGUUGCAAAUAAAAGAAAAUUAAGCCCACAAGCCCCCAAAAUGAUUCAUCAAAUCUGCUGUGGGGGGAGCAAGAAGGACAUACGUAUUGGUAAAAUGAUGGAGGGUUAUAUUUGAAUGAUGAGUGUAAAAUACGGAGAGGAACAACAUGGAUUGUGGAUGAAUGAAUGAAUGAAUGAAUGAAUGAAUGAAUGAAUGAAUGAAUGAAUGAAUGAAUGAAUGAAUGAAUGAAUGAAUGAAUGAAUGAAUGAAUGAAUGAUGGACAUUGUCGGAAUGAAUGCAAUGAACGGGAUAGACGGAUGAAUAGAUGAUGACGAGAUGAUCACUUUAGCUGACCAAAGAUGUUCCCACUAUUCUUCAUUAUUCUUCUAAGAUUCCACUCUUCUUUCUAGGAGAUUCUAUUUACAAUCAUUUUCUAAUAUCUUUAUUCCGCUAAAGCCAACACGCUAGGUGUGAAAAGUGAGGAUUAACUUCAAUCAGUUAGGGCAAAAGUCCAAGAAACUGUGACCUGUGCGGUCAAGAAACACCACUCCAGAAUUUCAUUAAAGAUACUAUGCUCAGUGAUGGGGAUGCAUGAAGCUUCUCUCCGUAAAUCAGGUUAGAUCGCCUCCAGCGUCCCUGUGACUCUAAACUGGUAUAGAAAAUGGAUGAUGGAUCUUCUAUUUUGCUGCUUACUUUGCUAGUACGCUAUGAUUCAUCAGUUUCAGUUGCAAAAUGUGUUGUUGUUUUUUUCCAUUCAAAUAACCUGCAAAGUGAAUUCAGACAUUUGGUAUACAUGUUUGAAGAUAAUUUCAGGAAACAGAAAAAAAUAGACAAUCAUUAUUCCCAAUCUGGCAGGUCUCAAUACUUAAAUCCUCUCAAUAUAUAUGAAACAGUCCUGCAAUGUCAACACAAUAGCUGCUCAGUCUUGCAAUGACUGUAGUUGUUUAGGAGACUCACUAGUUGGAGUAGGAGUCAGGUCCUUCUAGGUGAAGAAGACCCAGCUGGUGAAGUGAAAAGCCAUUUUACCUCUUCUUUUUUUUUCAGUGGAGCAUGCUUUUGUCUGAAACUGGUGUGGUCGUUGUUUUCCCGUGUACAGCGCAUGCACUUUUUUAUGAUCCAACAAUGCAUUGUGAAUUGUGGUUUUCCUUCUUGUCAGUAAACAUUCAACCGUAUCAAUUAUCUCUCAUCAAACAUAAAAUAGGAUCUACUGAGCAUAUACGCCUUUAUACAUGCUGUUCUUAAUUGCUCGGUGUCUGCUCAACUGUUAUUAGCUGCUAUAAUUGCAAGAUUUUAUU